AUGUUCAAAAAGGACAUCUCCGCUGGCGCAAAGUCCAAAGUCAAAUCCUCCGUGCAGCGGGGCAUUCGCACCAAGAUUGUUGAGACAUACCCAUUGCUCGCUCCUAUAAUUGACGAGAUUAUACCCAAAAAAUCGCAACUAGACUUGCUGAAAUUACCAGACCGGGUUUCGCUAUAUGCCCUUGAUGGCCGCCCUCUGUUCUGGCAACAUAUGGAUGAUGCGAUCAUACCGCACCUCAAAGUCGUGCAUCAAUUCCCACAGUGUUUCAAUAGCAUAGGUAUUGAUAGAGGAGCGAUACGAUUCGUACUUUCUGGGGCGGCGCUCAUGGCCCCUGGCUUGACUUCUGCUGGUGGGAAGUUGCCAGAUAAAGAGCAUGAGCUGAAGGAAGGAGAUGUGGCUGUCAUCAUGGCAGAGGGGAAAGAUGAGGCGUGUAUGGUGGGUCAGCUGAAGAUAGGGACAGAGGAGAUGAAGGAGAAAAAGAAGGGGGUCGCCAUUGAUGCGGGCCACUUUUUGGGCGAUGGGCUCUGGAAGUUAGAUUUGAGCUGA